GGCGUUCUUGCAGAGGACUGGAGACUACUGCCACGCUCAACAUCCCAGAGCAUAGGCUGAUCCAGGGGAGGAUGCCCACUGCUCUGCCUUCUCCGCCUAAUACCCUGCACUGAUCCCUGGGUACCAACGCAUCGAGGGCUCCCUGCCUCCCAGGACUCUCCACACCCUAGGUCUGUCACUCUAAGACCCUCUCUCAGGAACCCUAAUGGGGUGAUUGGACUAACUAUUCCACUACUCUUCAGUGAAAGCCCCAAGACCUCAUCUAAACCAACCACAGUGACCCUCCCAAGGAUUGACCAACCUGAGGACAGACUUGUAUUUAUCUAUCUUCUUAAAGGAGGGACAGGACUGAGAACGUCUGCAGGGUUAAAGGCGACAGGAGUUUAGCCCACCAGCGACCGUGGCCACCGUGGACGACCAGUUUGUGGUCCCCUUGCGUCCCUGUCCGUGUUGCGUUCGCACCCCCAGCUGGGUAAGGGUUGUCAACAUGGCCCGUAUGAACCGUCCGGCGCCGGCUGAGGUGUGCUACAAGAACAUGCGGCUGCUCAUCACGCACAACCCCACCAACUCCACCCUCAACAGCUUCAUCGAGGACCUUAAGAAGUACGGAGCCACGACGGUAGUGAGAGUGUGUGAGGUCACCUAUGAUAAGGCUCCAUUGGAGAAGGAUGGCAUCACUGUGGUGGACUGGCAGUUUGACGACGGUGCGCCCCCUCCCUCUAAGGUGGUGGAGGACUGGCUGAGUCUGCUAAGGUCUCGUUUCCUGGAAGAUCCGGGCUGCUGCGUGGCCGUGCACUGUGUGGCUGGACUGGGCAGAGCCCCGGUGCUGGUGGCGUUGGCACUGAUCGAGAGUGGGAUGAAGUAUGAGGAUGCCAUCCAGUUCAUCAGACAGAAGCGCAGAGGGGCGAUCAACAGCAAGCAGCUGACCUACCUGGAGAAGUACCGCCCCAAACAGAGACUGCGCUACAAAGACCCACACAUCUUCAAGAACAAGUGCUGCAUCAUGUGACCCCCAUUUCCAUCCUCAGCCAAUCAACUGCCUGCCACCUGAUCGAUCUGACCUGAAUGGAUAACGACGAUGGACGAAUCCACAGCCAAUGCACUUUGUGGCUGAACUAUGAGAACUAUGAAUCAUGAACUGAGCUAAGCAGCUCCACCAAGGGAAGGGUGUGAUGAGUCUCCCUGGUGCCUAAAGAUGGCUCUUACUGAGGGGGCCCAUGGAUCAAGCCCUCCUUGAAUCUGACUUUUUAUCCAAGAGCCAGCCGGAGGUAGCUUGGAAUGGAUGGUGAAAGGGGCACAGGACGUUGACACAUUGAACUCCGUCAUCACCAUGGGGUUGUGCCUCGCUGCAAAUUAUUUGACUUGCAGUUGACUUUGUCAUUGUACCUCCAACGCCCCCUUGCUACCAAAUGGUGGUAACGCCUCAAAUCAUUGUCUGAAAGGGAGACAGCUUUGGCUGUAUGAAUAUGAAACCAAUGUGAAUCAUAGGGGGGGAAAUGUUUGUGCCUGGUUGCCCUUUAUCUCUCUGCCUACAGUAGGGGGACUGAGCUGUUUUCUGUUCACUCCUUGUUCCAAGGUUAAUGCUAUCCAGAAUCCUUGGGACAUCCUUAACCCUUACCUAACCCCAACCAUAACCCUUACCUAACCACAACACCAUCCUUAACCCUUACCUAACCCCAACCAUAACC